GAUGUAACCGGAAACUUUCUCUGGUCAGGUCGGAUGUUGUUGUCUUUGGUUUGUAUUUUCUGUCUGUGACUGGAAUCUUGAAUGAAAAAAAAAAUGUUUUCCUUCUUUCUUUUUUUAAUCACUUACGGUGUUAAAUCAGUGCUUUGUAGUGUUUAUUCACAGGCUAAGUGUUGAAGUGUAAAGUGAAAACCUGUGCUCUGUUUGUUUACUUUCGUGUCAUUCUGUCAUUCCUUUAUAAAACCGUAAGUUUUUAUUGCAGUUUUAUUACCGGGUUGCCAUAUUGUGGGUUAACCCCUCUUACUGUAGUUUGUUUAUAAUUCAAAUUCACAAUAAAAAAGCACUUUGUAACCUCAGAGAACAGAUAAAACGAAUUAAACUGGACUAUUAUUUAAUUAAACCCGUGAAGACAGUUGGUAAAAAAAAUAGGUCUAGUUAGAUUAAAACCGUGCCCAAUCUGGCAACUCUGCGUGAGAAAUCCAUUUUUUGUCCUUUUGCAAUAAUGGAACAUUACCGGCGCGAGCGUAGGAGGAGCCUUGGGCUCGUGACUCAUUAUUAUUCAGAGCGCAGUCGCGUGUGAUUGGUCGACGCAGCGGCUCGGAAGUGUUCGACAGGCCCCGCCUACAGCUCGCGCCGCCGCUCCGGUAUAAAGUGCGCGAAGGGAGCGGUGUAGGAGUUCACUGAGGCUUUUGUGUAGUGUUGGGCGCGUGCCCGCGCUGGAAAACUACCGUGACAGUCAGUCAUGACGAUCCAAACGGGGACGAGCGUGAGCGCUCCCGCGAUGACCUACUCUAAAACCAGGGGACUGGUGGCCAAUCUCAGCGCUUUUAUGAAACAGAGGAAAAUGGGACUGAAUGACUUUAUUCAGAAACUGGCAACCAGCUCCUACGCCUGCAAGCACCCAGAAGUGGAUUCCAUACUGACCUUGACACCACCACAAGAUCCCGAGCUGAUGACGAGCAACCCGUCUCCUCCUCCCAGUCCGUCUCAGCAGAUAAACCUGGGGCCUUCGUCUAACCCGACCGCUAAACCCUCCGACUUCAACUUCCUGAAGGUUAUCGGAAAAGGCAGCUUCGGAAAGGUUCUUCUGGCUCGCCAUCGUGGUGAUGACCAAUUCUAUGCGGUUAAAGUGCUCCAGAAGAAAGCCAUCCUGAAGAAGAAAGAGGAGAAACACAUCAUGUCCGAGCGUAACGUGUUGCUGAAGAACGUGAAGCACCCGUUCCUCGUUGGUUUGCAUUACUCCUUCCAAACUGCCGACAAACUCUACUUUGUGCUGGACUACAUCAAUGGAGGAGAGCUGUUCUAUCACCUUCAGAGGGAACGGUGCUUUCUGGAACCUCGUGCCCGUUUCUACGCUGCUGAAAUCGCCAGCGCUUUGGGCUACCUGCACUCCCUGAACAUUGUCUACAGGGACCUGAAGCCCGAAAACAUCCUCCUGGACUCACAAGGACACAUCAUCCUAACAGACUUCGGCCUCUGCAAGGAGAACAUAGAGCCUAACGGAACCACGUCCACCUUCUGCGGGACACCAGAGUAUUUGGCUCCAGAGGUGUUGCAUAAGCAGCCAUAUGACCGGACAGUGGACUGGUGGUGUUUGGGUGCUGUGCUCUACGAGAUGUUGUAUGGCUUGCCUCCGUUUUACAGCCGCAACACAGCGGAGAUGUACGACAACAUCCUGAACAAGCCACUGCAGCUGAAGCCCAACAUCUCCAACGCUGCCCGCCAUCUCCUGGAGGGUCUGCUGCAGAAGGACCGUACCAAGCGGCUAGGCUGCACCGAUGACUUUAAUGAGAUCAAGAACCACAUGUUCUUCUCCCCCAUUAACUGGGAUGAUCUGAAUGCUAAGAAGCUCACGCCUCCUUUCAACCCUAACGUGACCGGCCCCAACGACCUGCGGCAUUUCGACCCAGAGUUCACAGAAGAGCCGGUGCCGAGCUCCAUCGGCUGCUCCCCAGACAGCGCUCUGGUGACCGCCAGCAUCAGUGAGGCAGCUGAAGCCUUUCUGGGCUUCUCCUACGCUCCGACUAUGGACUCGUACUUGUAGCCUGUCACCAUGGCGACACCAUCCCAUAGACUCUGAAACCGUAGCUCAUUACCAUGGAAAUGCCGUCCCAUGGAGUCCCACCUGUAGUGCAUCACUAUGAGAAUGAAGCCAGCCCCAUUGCCCCGCCCCCGGAUUGGGGGCCCCUGUUUGCACAUGGCCUUAGGCAGCUCCAUAGGCCUUGGUUUAAAGGCCUGAAUCGUACAUAUGAGAGAAAUGACUUGACUUUCUUUCACCAUCAUUGUCUUGUUUGUCUACGCAGAGCAUGGUUACUUCUCGCUUACGUACGUCGUGGUCCGACUGUUCUGGAUGGACAGAGUGAGGGUGCAGGAAUGUUAAUGGAUUUUAUUUUCAAGUGUUUGUUUUAUUUUUCCACCCACAUAUUCGAGGGUAGUGCUGUUGUCAGAAUGUGAAUGCUGUGUGUGUGUGUGUGUGUGUGUGUGUGUGUGUGUGUCUUCAUCUUCACUCUGGGUCAUAUGACCACAAUCCGUCACCACUUGCAUGACCUCAGGUUUGGUUGCACAGUUAGUGUAUGAUUUUUUGAGCAUUACUUUUUUUUUUUUUUCCUCCAUUUCCCCUUGAUCGAGUGGGCCAACGCUGGAAGGGACCUGCUGCUAUGUAUGUGUGUAGAUAGACGCCUGGAUCGACCAAUCGGACACCUUCGUCUCACCUUUAGUCUUCCAGCCUCCUUUUGUGAUGUAACGAAGCCGCUCACAAAGAAAAAGCAUUCCAUGUGUGUCCACUCACCACAUUCCACUCGAUAUGACCGUGUACUGCUAUUUAAGUUUGUUUGUAUAUUUUGAGUCUGUGUAUUAGUUUUAAUAUAUAUGGAACAAAGCAACUACGGAUAUGCUUACAUGUAAUAACUGUUAAAACUUGUACUGUAAAAUGUUUGAUUUAUGUGACUGUUUGGUUUGCAAUAAAAUAUUGUUAUUUUCCCCAAAA